UUGACUAGCCUCAGCCAGCACCGCAUUCAACACCUGCGCGGUUGCUGCUCUGCUUGUCGGCCCUGCGAGCCGUGACCGCAUCACACAAAGGACAUAGGCCCGCCAUGCAAUUGAUACAACAUAACUUGCGGGCCUGAGCUCUAAUAGCAUGGACUCGGGUCGCUGGACCAUUGAGCCUCUGACUGAGCAGCGCAGCUCGAGCUGCGCUUGGCAACUAUCGCCCAAGCGAACGGCGUGACCUCUAGCACCCAUUGAAGCUGCCAGUCAGCGGAUUUCGGCGCGCCUGCAAAGCUGGAGGGCGAAAUCAUGGACGCUGACCAAAAUGGACAGCCACCGCUUGUUGACGCGCCGACGGUGGCACCGCCGCCUGGGAUCCGGCCAAUGUCCUCACCUCAGGGCUUCUCGGGUCAGAUAUUGGGAUCGCUAGCGGACCUGCCGCCGGGCCUGCGGAGCACAACGCCGCAGCUUGGCGGGAUGCCGGGGCAAACGGCGCUGCCCAUGUUUCCACCGCCCGGGAUGCCUCUCCCAGGAGCAAGCACGCUGGGCCGCAAGCCGUCCGGCGGCAAGGUGCCCUCGGCGUCGUCGCUCGGCAGCGCGGCCGCCAGCGGGGCCGGGAGAAAGCAGUGCAACUGCAAGAACUCGCGGUGUCUAAAAUUGUACUGCGAAUGCUUUGCGUCCAGUCGGUAUUGCGAAAUGUGCAACUGCAUGCAGUGCUUUAACAACCGGGAGAAUGAGGCGGUGCGGCAGAGCGCUGUGGAGGCUAUCAUGGAGCGCAACCCCAACGCCUUCAAGCCCAAGAUAACGGGGCACGAGACGCACACGCCGGUGGUGGUGGCGGCGGCGGGCGCGUCGGGGCGGCACCUCAAGGGGUGCAACUGCAAGAAGUCGUUCUGCCUCAAAAAGUACUGCGAGUGCUUCCAGGCGGGCAUCCACUGCUCCGACAACUGCAAGUGUGUGGAGUGCCGCAAUUUUGAGGACGGCGGCGGCACUGGCGGCAAGCGCGUGCGCUACAGCAGCGCCCCGCCGCUCGCGCCCACGCCGCCGCCCGCCUCCGCAGCCGCGUUUGGCCUAGGCCCCGCGCCCGGGCUGCUGCCGCCUUUCGGCGGCCCGCUUGGCGGCGGCUUUGGCGGCGGCCUGGGCGGCUCUGCCGGCGUGCGGUCGCCCACCCACGGCCUGGGUGUGGGCGGCGCCAGCGGCCUCAACCUGCUGCAGCAGCAGGGCGUCAACAUGGGGCUGCUGGCGCCCGAGGUGGUGGGCCUGCUGACGGGCAACACGCUACCCGGCACCGCGGCCGGGCUCAGCAGCAUGCUGGCGGCGGCGGCGGCGGCUGGCGGCGGCGGGCGGCCGGGCAGCGCCACCGCCGCGGCGGCAGCGGCUGCCGCGGGCGGGCUGGGCGGCUUCGGCACUCUGACCCUGGCUGGGCAGAUGGGCGGCGCAGGGCAAGGGCAGCAGCAGCAGCAACAGCAGCAGCUGGGGCUGCCGCCGCUUGCGGGUGGUUCUGGCGGGGCGCUGGGGCCGGGCCUGCCGCCGCAGAGCAAGGUCGCGCAGGAGGUCUGCAGCACGGUGUGCGGCAUGGUGAAGCUGUCCGUCAUCAACGAGCUGUGCCAGCUGCUGUGGCUGGUCGCGGACGAGGAGGCGGCGGCGGCCGGCGCGGCGCCGGCCGCCAACGGAGCCGCCACGGACCCGCAGACGGCCGUGAAGGCGGAGCAGGGGGCGGGCGCAACGGACAUGGACAUCGACCAGCAGGGGCAGCGGGCGGAGGCGGCUGCGGGGGCGGACGCGGAGCCUGCGCCGCGCGGAGGCGAGGCGGGCGGCAGCGGCGGCCGGGAUCUGUAUGUGCGGCAGGAGCGCGUGGUGCUGGAGGAGUUUCUGUCCAUUGUCAACAAGCUGGGGGAGACUGCAGCCAAGAAGCUGGCGACUGCGCAACAGCAGCAGCAGGGGCAGCAGCAGGGCGCAGUGGCGGCAGGCGUGACGCCGGGUGCGGCAGCGGCUGCGGCAGCAGCCGCGGGCUCGGGGCCCUUUUCGGCGACGGCGGCGCCGCAGCAGCAGCAGGGGCAGCAGGCAGGGGCGGCGCUGCAGUAUGUGGUGCCGGGCGGGAUGCAGCCGCUGCCGGGUGGGCCGGCCGGCACGCCACCCGCGCACUUCAUUCCCGUGCUGGCACCGCCGCCGCGACCGGGGCAGGCCUCUACACCCACCGCGGCGGCGGGCCAGGCGCAGUCCUUCAUCCCCACUGUCGCGGCGCCGCUGGUGGUGCCGCCCGUGCGGCCCGGCUCCCUCAGCAGCAGCGGGGGCACAGCCGCAGCCCCAACCGGAGCGACGCCGCCGCCGCCGCAAGCGGGCCCGCUGCAUUCGGGCGUACCUGUCAUUCUGGCGCCCUCGCGCGCGCCGCCAGCAAGCGCAGGCGUGGGGCAAGCGCAGCUGCCUCAGCAGGUGCCGUUGGCGGCGUUCGGCGAUCAGCCGCAGGCGGUGGCAGCCUACGGCGCGCUGGGUGCGGCCGGUGGUGGGGCGGGGCAUGGGGAGGUGCUGGGGUCAGAGACCGUGCAGGUGUCAGUGGUGAUUGGCGUGGGCGAUGGUUCGGCAUCGGACACGCCGCCGCACCUUGAAGGCGCGCUCACGUGAGGAACGAGAGGACAGGGGGCUCCCGCGUGGGGCUCCCGGCAUGACUAGUCAAAGGGCGGUGGCGAUGAUGACGGGGGCGGGGCAAGUUGACAGGGGAGGUGUACCGUAUGCUGUUGGGUGUGCCAGGAGGGGGGCUGGCUGCGUCAAGCGCCGUGUUGGGAGCUCAGCUGCCGGGGUUUGUUAGGGAGCCAGGCGGGCGGGCGCAAAGGGAAUGAGCGGGGAGGCGGCGCGCUGUGCGGGUUGUGACGCAUUGCUUGCCGGUAUGGCUGAUGGAGGCCCUUGCAACUGGGAAGCUGCUUUGCUCUGGCAACAUGAAUACAUGAUGGCAUCCCGUAAGACAAUACUGAAGCGCUCAUAUUGCGUUCCAUGCUCGCUCCAUCUGGCGGCAGGAAAGACUGACUACCGGUACCGUCAAGCAUGUAGGAAGCCGCGAGACGACUAGCUGGCUGCGGUAGCCAAGUACGCUUAGGCCGCACGCAUGACGGCUGCUGGGGGCAGAAGCCACGGGUCUAAGUGUGUUGGGUGACGGCACGAUACGAAGAUGCAGUUCAGAGUAGGUAUGGGGUUGUCAUACGGUAUCCGCGUUUCCAAUUCUCGGAGUGAGGGCAGACUCUGGUGAGUGGGGAGUGUAGGGUGUGUGAUGGGACAGUGGUAAGGCAAGUUGGGGAGUGUAGGGGAGUGCAUACUGUUGCAUACGUGCACCUUUUGCAUGGUUUGGGGGAUGUAAGGCCCGGGAAUAACCUGAUCAUAGCCUUCCACCCGAGAGUGGAGAGUGGCAGGCAUGCGCGGCGACGUGCUGCGUGGUUCCUCCCCUGCCCUACCCUGCUGCGCACGAACUGGCACGAGCUGCAACGCCUAGGCCCAAGGGCUCGCACACCUCUGUAAAGCUCGGGCCCU